AUGGGCAACGAUGGUGGCUCCAUCCCCACCCGACGGGAACUCGUCAAGAACGCCUCUCGCGCGCCGACCGUCUCCGAACUGAAAGCAACAGCGCUCGAGUCUCUCUUACAUGCGUGGACACACUGCGCGCUCAGUGGAGACACCCUCGACCUAGAAUCAGUAGUUUCAGAUUGGCGCGGUCGCCUUUACAACUAUGAGGCUAUCCUCAAGGGCCUCAUGCCGACAGAUGAACCUGCCGAGGUCACUCCAGCAUCUCUUGGCAUCACCUCUCUGAGGGAUGUGCAAAAGCUGAAAUUCUCAAAAAGCGGCGACAAAUGGGCGUGUCCCAUCUCGAUGAAGGAGAUGGGCCCGUCGACCAAAGCAGUCUACCUGGUUCCAUGCGGACACGUCUUUGCGGAGGUUGCUAUCACCGAGAUCCAGGAGAGCACCUGUCCAGAAUGCUCAGAAGCCUUUGAGCGUGAAAACGUCGUCUCGAUCCUGCCUAUCACAGACAAAGAGUUUUCGCGGCUGGAGAAGAGGAUAGAGGACCUGAGGGCGAAGGGUCUGACACACUCUUUGAAGAAGGACAAGUCGGAAAAGAAGAAGAAGAAGCGCAAGGGCGAAGAAAUGAACGGAAAUGGCGAGACGAAAGACAAGGCUAGCGAGGCAAAGCCGGCCAAGGAGCCUGAUUCUAGGAUCAGCGGCAUCAACAACCCGAUGGCGGCGUCGCUGACAGCCAAAGUUCUCGCGGAACAAGACGAGAUGAACAAAAGACGCAAGGUGGCGGCGGCUGGGGUCACGUCGAGAAAAGCCGAGGUUGCUCGUAGCUGA